AAGAUCGAAAAUAUGGCGACCACGUCACUUCCAAGUUUUGAUCAAAAGAAAUUACGCGAGCGUCUGUCAUUAUGGGACAGUCAGACAGAUCCAAAAGCACCUCUGUCGACUUUGCAAAAAGAUGUUUUAAUAGAGCUUACAAGUUUUUCAAAUGACAGGCCUCUGCCAUCAAAUCUUCCAGUAGAUGAUGAACCAAUAUCAGUUUUGCCGCCAGUAUUGAGCACAGAAGAAAAAGCGUCAGAUACAAACCCUGUACAAAAAUACCUGGCAGGUACUGAAUCAGAAAAUGGUGGGAAAAUUGAAAAUUCACAGCAGUUUUUCUCGUGGUUUUCGGAAGUGGAGAAUGAAAUAGAAAAAGAGGAAGAUCUGCCUUACAGAUGUCAUAUAGAGGAACUGGAAUCGUUUCGAAGCCAGUGUGAUGGCGUGCUGGACGAGGUGUCGUCUGGUCUCGAGUAUCUCAUGAACCUGCAGCAACAGUAUAUCAAUGUAUCAACAAAAACCAACGCUUUACAUGAAGCCUGUGAGCACUUGCUGGCUGAACAGACACGCCUUAUGAACACAGCAGAGAGUAUCAGUAACAAACUGUCCUACUUCAAUGAGCUCGACAGUAUUUCAAGUAAACUAGGAUCACCACAACUGACAGUGACGAAUGAGUCAUUUGUUCCGAUGUUGUCACGGCUUGAUGAAUGUAUACUGUACAUCAGAAAUAAUCCCCAGUACAAGGAGUCGGAGAUAUACCUGGCACGGUUCAGGCAGUGUCUGUCACGGGCAUUGAACUUGAUGAAGACACAUGUAAUGCAUAUACUUCAGGCAGCAACACUGCAUGUCAAAAACGCAAAGGAGAUCGGAGGUGAGAGAGACAAUGCGUUCACAUUGUUUUAUGGUAAAUUCCGGGCUAACGCACCAAGGGUAAAGUCAUUGAUGGAACAGUUAGAGAUGAGGACUGAUAAAAGCCCGAGUAUGAAAACAUUACCUAUGAGAAGUGGCUGUGCAUUCAUGGUUCAUGUGGGUGAAGACGAGUACCAACUAUAUCUUAACUUCUCUCAAACCCACAGUCAUGCUUGAGAAAGUAUGUUGGAGAGACUGUGUGGCGCCCUCUAUGAUGUGUUCCGGCCAUUAAUUAUACACAUAAACCAUCUGGAAACACUGGCAGAACUCUGUAGUAUUCUGAAAAUUGAGAUGAUUGAAGAACAUGUGGAACAGAAUCGUGAGUGGAACUCUUACAUUUAUAUGGACAUUCAGGAAAGAUUGGUGUACAGGACGUAUAUCUGCAUUAGAACUGAUAUUCUACAGUACUCGGCUGCCCAGGGUGAUCUGGCAUACCCAGAGAAACUAGAAAUGAUGGAAUAUGUUUGGGAUGGGACUUCAAAAUAUCUUCGAGAUAGCUGUAGUUUUGAGAUAAACGAGUUCAAAUUACCGAGCUUCAACUGUAGUUACAUUGCUUUUAUAAUGUUUUCUUUUUAUUUCAACCAGAAAACUACAUUCCAAGGUUUAUCGCAGGAAGCGCUGCAGUCGUGUAUACAAUCUCUAAUCAAUGCUAAAGAAGGAAUUACAAAGAGAAAGACAUUGUUGGAUGGGCAACUGUUCAUGAUAAAACAUUUACUGAUCUUGAGGGAACAGAUUGCGCCAUUUCAAGCAGAUUUUUCCAUACGAGAGACUUCCCUAGAUUUCAGCAAGCUUAAAGAACUAAAGCUUCACAGUUUUGUUGAUGCUGCGUAUGGACUAAUCCACAAGAGGUCCCAGAUUUUUAGCUUCAGUUCAAACAACUCUCUCUUACAGUUCAUAGCUGAGGGAACCCCUCAGGUGAUGGAGAAUUUUGUGGACUCUAAAAGAGAUGUAGAUGGGCAGCUGAAGAGAACAUGUGAAGAAUUUAUACACUCUGUGUCGGACAUGAUGACGGAACCAUUGAAAACCUUUCUCUCUAGGGCAUCGAUUAUAAUCAACAUGGGCCAGGAUGAGAAUAUAAAACAAGUAAGCCUACGACAGCAACCAUUUGCAGCUCCAGAAAAAAUACAUGACGUUGUAGCAGAGACAUACAAGCUUGUGAAAAAGUCGGUUCCCAGCGUGCAUAGAAGUAUGGCUCUUUAUCUAGCAAACCGGGAAACAGAAAUCAUCCUGUUCAAACCGAUAAAGGUGAAUGUUCAGCAAAGAUUCCAAAAAUUGACUGAAAUUCUGACGGAACAUUUCACGGAGGAGGACAAACAGAUUGUAGCAUGUCCUAGAUCAGAACAGAUCAACUUACUACUGGUUUCAUCCAAGGCUUAGCCAGUCUACCCUCAUGAAAAAGGUUCUACAUUGCAUUUAGAUGUGUUAUCAACCAGAAAUAUGUUCUACAUUGCCUGCAAACAUGUUCUUUAUUAACGCAGAAAAAACUCACCAUGAUAGAUGUUAACAGUUACCAGUUUAUGUACACAAAUUUUAUCAAGUUGGCAAAUUUAAAAUGCCCGGAAAUUUUAUAAACAUUGGGACAUUAGAACACUAUCUAUUGAGAUUUUAUUAUGGCUAUUUAUUACUGUCCAGUAGUGUAGAAUUUUGAUGUAAGUUACUCAUAUGGAAAAUUGAAGUGCUAUUGCAGAGAAUAGUUAUUUAUUUGUUAUGUAGUUUUAGUUUGAAUUAAUUUAUUUAAGUUUGACUGUAACAAGGCUUAAAGCUGAAAGAGUUGUGCAUAAUUAGUUGUUGCCUCAGUGACCGAGUUGUUAAGGGUGCUGACUUUUAAACAACUUGCCCAUCACCUCUGCUUGUUCAAGCCUCCCUUGGGUUGGCUUAUAAGGAAGCCGUCCAGCUGGCCAGUGCCAGUAAUGAUACUUGACUCCAUAUUCACAGGACAGUUUUCUGUCUCGGCUGAGUUUGAGAUGGAGGUUUUAAUAGCAGGUUUUUAACUUUUAAGAUUAAAAUCCAGUUGAGAUUGACCAUCAGUUCUGAAUAAUCACUUGAAAAAAUAUCAUUUUAAUUAACUUUUAAUUUUAAAUGCUGUUUAGAUAUAAAUGACAAAUGAGCCGCACCAUGAGAAAACCAACAUGGUGCGUUUGCAACCAGCAUGGAUCCAGACCUGUCUGCACAUUCACGCAGUCUGGUCAGGAUCCAUGCUGUUUGCUUCCAAAGCCUAUUGCAAUUAGAGAAACCGCUAACGAAUAGCGUGGAUCCUGACCAGACUGCACGGAUGCGCAGGUUGGUCUGGAUCCAUGCUGGUCGCAAAUGCACUGUGUUGGAUUUCUCAUGGCGCAUCUCAUUUCAGUUCGGCAGUGACUGAAAUGGGGCCUGGAGAGGUAUCUAUGAUUUUCCUCUACCAUUGGAAGCUGGGAAGUUUCCAUGUGAUCUUAACUGACAUUUUAAAACCCAAAGAAAGAAAGGGAAAAACAAGCUAUACUUUGGUUAUAUAAACACCUUGUGAGUGAAAAAAUGGGAGUGAAACUUUGGCAAAUAGAAUGGUAGAGAGAAGGUUCUACCUUCAUUUACAGGAAUCUUAAAGGUGGAUAUUUAUAUGUUUACAUUACAUUUCAAUGUAGAGCAAAGGUGUCAUUACUAGAUCUGUAUAUAUAUGCAUUGUGUGAAAUACUGGAACUUGUGACUUGAUAGCAUGUCAUAGUGACUGUGUACAUGACAGUUUGUCUAAAGUUGUUAAUGAAUUGCUUCAGAUAUUUAUUUUGAUAAAUGUGUUACUGUUGCACAUAAAUAUGGGAACAAAUAAAAGGAGGAAAAUGCC